CGCCAUGGAGACGGAAUCCUGCCUGCGUCAUCUGACAGUAAACUUCCAGUUUCAGGCUGUUUUCGUUUGGUAAAGUUUCCUCAGAUUUGUCCGUCUGAUCGUGAUCUUCACAGAUUCAGCGAUGUUUUCAUAAGCAAAGAGUGUCGGGAUGGUCAGGAAAGGCGGUGCUGCGCGGCGUUCAUCGAAGCAUGGCUCUCACAUCUCCGCUCUCAAGCGUCUCUCUCUGCUGGAACCGGCCACUGCAGAACCUCCUCCCCUCCAGACCGAUCCGUCCGCUCCAGACGAGAGUCCCGCCUGCCCGGACCAGGUCUACCUGCACGCCGCUGCCAUCUUUCAGAGCACGCACCUGGAGAAACCCGCCGCUCAGAGGCUCAUCAGCUACGGCAGCAGGUCAGAGGUCAGCGUGCCUGCGGUCAGGGGCGAGGCGUUGCAGCGAUUAGCGUACCAGCUCGCCUUCAACACGCUCAAAUAUCAGGAGCUUUUGGAGGACGUCCUGAUUGACAGCUGCUUCUGUGUCUCACAGCCAAUGCUGGACGGCAGGAUGAGUCUGGUGGCCGUCAUGCUCACUGACUUACUGGACAGGAAGUUCCUCCCACGCAUGCAACCGGCCAAUCAGGCGGAGGAGGAGGUGAAGGCUGUCAGAGAGGUGGAGGCGUGUCUGCUCAGGUUCAGGACUAAACUCGUGGCGUCAUUGGCUCGAUGUCGAAUCAAACACGACCUGCUGACGCUGGAAAACAUCCUGCCGGAGAACAUCCGGCACAGACAGGAGCGAGCGACGCAGCUGCCGCUGUACGCGUGGAUCAACACGCUCCGCAGCAGUUUUGAGGAGGUCAGUGAAGUGUUACACACAUCAGGGUUUUCCUGCGUUAAAUCUGUCGGACAGCUGGACGGACGGACCUUCUGUAGAGACACACACUGCCACGACCUGCUGGUGUUUCCCAACAGUGUGAAGAGAGAACUGACCGACACCAGAUUACUGAGCGACUACAGACUCGUCAUUCAGGAUAAGUCCUGCUGUGUGGGCCCCUGGGCGCUGCGGCCCCUGCUGGCUGAAGGAGGAGACAUCCUCAUGACCGGAUGUUUCUCUGCUCAGACCGUUGCGCACGUGGCUGCGGUGGCUGUGUCUGCAUCUGCGCACACACACGCUGAAACACACUCUCUGUCGCAGUCAAACACUCGCGGUCAGAGCACAGUGAUUGUGUGUUUGGGAGAUGAACCGCCGUCACAGACGGAUGAACUACAGAACACACUCUCCAAACUGGGCUGCAAGAAUGUAAAGCUGCUCUCAGUCUCUCUGGAGUCUCUGGACGUGUCUGACACGCGUCUGCGGGAGGUUCGUGUGAUGGUUGUGAUGCCGGCGUGUUCCUUGUCUGCCGUCAGCAACCCUGUGGAUUACAUCAUGCAGGAGAACAGAGACCCGCGGCUCAUGCUGGAUCUGUCACAUGGUUCCGUCUCUCCCGAGAAACUCCAGACGCUCGUGUGCCGACAGAAGAAAGACCUGCAGCGCGUCGUCCAGUUUCCUCAGGUGCGGGCGGUGCUUUACUCCACCUGUUCUGUUCGCUCAGAGGAGAAUGAGGAGGUGCUGAAGACGAUCCUCUCACAAACAAAGGAGAAUCACUCCACAGCGCCGCCCUACAGUUUGAGUUCUCCAGAUCUCCUGCAGGACUCCAUCACUGAGGAUGAGGACGGGUCACAGGAGAUGAAGGCCAGCUUCUUCAGACUGGAAGCAUCAGAUCAUCACAAUGGCUGUUUCUUAGCUCUGCUCACACGACAGCCUGAACCAGAAGUGAUAGAAACGCCACAGGAAGUGCUCGCUCGCGCAGCGGCCAAAGGCUUGUUAGACGGCCUCCACCCAAACCAGCCAAUCAAGAAAGAAGGCCGAGGCCGACGGUCCCGCAGAGCACCUGCCAAUAAAGCGCGGUCCAUCAAGACACGCCCACACGCCACACAGAGCGACCAAUCACGUGUAGCGGAAUUCUUGAGCCACGAGAUGAAAGGAAGCAGCUCGGCGCCGACAGUUUGUCAUCAGAACGACAGCAGAACUCAGUCACCUCGGCGUCCGUUGCACUAUGAUAAACCCUGUAGUUCUCGACGUCUCUCUCAGGGCGUGUUCUCCAAGACAGGCUCCACCCCUAACACCACAGGCUCCACCCCUAACACCACAGGCUCCACCCUUAAUACAACAGGCUCCACCCCUAACCCCACCUCUUUCUCCAGUUUAUACUGUAACAGUUUGACUGGUUUGAACGCGGCUGCAGUAUCUGCAAAUGACAUUCACUCCUCCGUGGCAGUUGCGCCACCUAAAGGCCGACAUGAAGUGCUGCGGCCGGCGACUGUCACGUUUCCUCCUGUUCUGUUGUCAAGUGACAGUCUUCUUCCACAGAGGCGGAGCCACGCCCUUACAAACCCCGCCCACACCCACCUGCAGUGGAGUAACUUGACACCGGCUCUCCCUCGAAGCCAAACGGCGUUCAGAGCGAGACUGAAUCAUCUGCGGCCGUGGCUCUGACACACACAUUAGUGCGGCUACCAUCAGUAUUUUACUCUUAUCUCAGUAUUUAAGACCUUUAAUCUUUAUUAGACAUCCCAUCUAACUCAUUAUUAUUACUAAACUUUACCAUUUAAAUGUCACUGCCAUCAAAACAAGCAUAUUUUCCAAUGUCAUUUGGAACAUGCAUGCAAAUAAAACAAGGACAGACACUUU